GCAUUUACAAUGGGAAGGCAUAAAAGGCCCUAAAGGACAACUUCACCUGACAGCAGUCACAGACCUGCACCGAAGACACAUGAAAACACCCUCGAACUGUCCUCACCGAACAGGAGUUGAGCCGAGUUUCACUGGACUGCGAUAUCGCUGAGCAGAGAGCUUUUCCAGGGAGCCUCUAAAUACGGAAACGUGCAACGGUGCAAUAGCUUAAAUGCUGACCAAGUGGACAGCGUCUCUGGAAAGCUGCCACUCCGUCAAAAUGCUGGCGGUUUUAGAGCAAUCGGAGGAAGGGUCUGGCGGCCAUACAGACAACACGGGGAAGUAUCUGUUUCUCAUGCUUUUCAAGCUUGGAAUGGACGCAGCUGUGUUUCACCUAUGCUGCCAGAAGCUGAACACCUCCUUUUUAAACACAUUCAGCGUGUCCAUCGUCUUCGCCGAUCUGGCGAUGACCCUUUGUAUGGCGGCUGUGUGGCUUCUCGGGGCCGAACGGUCUCCUGUGUCACCCUGCUUCUCUUUGGCUCAUAUUUCAGCAACAUUUGGAGCGCUGCCACUACCCGUGAUGUGCUUGGGUACAUUAGACUACUACAUAGAAGAUACCUGCACUGGCAGGAGUGCCUUCCGCAAACACCUCAGGAACGUGGUCUUGACGUUGCUGGUGUGGAUACUGGCAGUUAUUCACUCCUUUUGUUCUGUGAAAGCUGAGCUGAUGGAACUUGUCUAUGAGACAGGGAAAGAGGUUUUGGUGUGUGAAGUAGAGGAGUCCAAGUUGGUCAACUUCUUCAUAUUUGGGCUUUUCACCGCAGUCAUUUUGACAAUGCUGCCCUUUUGGUCAAGCAUUCCGAGGUGGAUGAAGGAGGCUGACAGGUUAUCUGAAUCGAGGGAAAUACAAAAUAAGCAGAUGAGCGACUUGUUCACUUCCAGCCCCUCCACGGAGAAAAAGGGCAGUAAGGAGGAUUAUCUGGAGGAGACCAUCCUCACACGACCGCCUCUGUGGUUCAGUCUAACUCUGGGCUUUACUGUAUUUUGGACGCCUUACCUCACAGUGAGUGUGGCUUGUCUGCUCUUUGGCUUUGGGGUGCCUGCCUACAUCGCCGUUAACCUUCUGUGGUUCGAGUGCACCAACAGUUUACUGAUGGGUGUGGUGUUCUGGGUAAAGAGCAAGUUGCAGGGGCCAUACAGCCACCUACCCGAAAAUGUGUGCUUAUGGCACGUUUUCUGGCAUCUGAGCAAAGGAACAUGGCAGCAACAUCUCCCCACAGCUGUGUUUGACCCAUCAAUGGGGGAGAGGAACACUCUUUACUAUGUGUAAUAUGAAAUGUUUGACGAUAAUCCUUUUACAUCACAGACCUAACAGCCUGCAGCAGAAGUGAAAACCGUGAACGGGGAAGUUCAAAAUGUAGAGCAAGCCUCUACGAACUGUUAACCGGUGUGAAUGCAGGGAAAAUGAAAACGCUUGGACACAGAAAUGCUGCGCCUCUCGUCACUUCAUCAGCACACGUUUCCCGGAGCAAAGGAUUAAACAGGAAAUGAUUGUAGUUAACAAGAGAUAUGUAAUUCUUUGGAGAGUUGAGCAGCAAAAUAUUGUGAGAAAAAACACCAUAGUAAACUUUUGUAAAUAUUUACUGAAACCAUUACGUCUAUAUUUUCUAGAUAUGUAUGUUUUAUCACGGUUAUAUUUAUAGAUGAUUUAAGACUUCAGGAAAAUGUAAUGACAGAGGCCAUCAAAAUGCUUCCCAAUAAAAAAUAUACCUGAAAUACA